UACCAAGAACACAAAUAAAAAUAAGAAUAACAUCAUUUUAUUGUGGCCCAUACCAAAAGAAAUCAAAUAAAAAAUCAAGAAACUUGCCCUUUCCUUCUCUCACAGACCAUUCUAGGGUUCCUAAAAAUCCACACUUACCUUUUUCUCUUUCCCUUUUUGUCGAAUUUCAGCUCUUUUUUCUCUUCAUCAGUUUGAUUUUCCUUUGAAUCUAUCAACAAAUCUCUCACAAUGAUCAUUUCCAAAGAAAAUUUUGAUUAAACAUUAAAUUUUCUUCGCUGCUACCUUACCUCUUCUUUAGUUUCUCUGCCGACACUUAAACUUUCUCUUGGGUGAGAUCUCUCUCUCUUUCUCUCUUUUAUGACUAUGUUAAUCCGUCACUGGCUGGUUUAGGGUUCCAAUCUUUACAGAUCUUGUGGCCGAACCAAAAAAAGUUCAAAGAGGAGAAAUGGUGAGAGGAAAGAUAGAGAUGAAAAAAAUAGAAAACGCGACGAGUAGACAAGUGACUUUCUCAAAAAGAAGAAAUGGUUUGUUGAAGAAAGCUUAUGAGCUCUCCGUACUCUGCGAUGCUCAAGUCUCUCUCAUCGUCUUCUCUCAGAGAGGAAGGCUAUACGAAUUCUCUAGCUCUGACAUGCAGAAUACGAUCGAACGUUACCACACGUACAGAAACGAUCAUGAAACCAGCAACCAGUACUCAGAAAUGUACAUCCAGCAAUUGAAGCAAGAAGCAAGCCACAUGAUCGCAAAGAUUGAACUCCUUGAGUUUCACAAGCGGAAGCUAUUGGGUCAAGAACUUUCUUCUUGUUCUCUACAAGAACUUCAAGAAAUUGAUAGUCAACUUCAAAGAAGUUUGGGCGAGGUUAGAGCAAGAAAGGCCCAGAUGUUCAAGGAGCAGUUGGAGAAGCUAAAAGCAAAGGAAAAACAACUGUUAGAAGAGAAUGUCCAGUUACAUCAAAAGAAUGUUAUAGAUCCAUGGAGAGGGUCGAUUGAUCAACAAAAGAAAUUCAGAGUUAUAGACCUGAAUUUGUAAGUAGCCAGAAAAUAUCGCAAACAACAUUAUAUUGUAUGUUUAUUCAACCAUGCAAACUUUAAAAUUCUUCGUAAAUCAUGAAGAAUGAUUUGUAAUAUUAUCUUAUGAUUGUAGUUCUUAUACAGUUAAUAAGACAAUACUACCUAUAAUCAAAUUUUCUUACUUUAAUUUUUCUUACUGUAGUGAACUCUUUGAUUAAUCAAGGUUUUGUUGUUCUAAAAAGAGAUUUAUCUUUGAAAAUAAAUAAGUUUAUCAUAUUAAUUUUUAAAAAGUAUUUUCUAAUUUUUUUUUUUAUAAUAAAUCUUAAGUUUUUGUAUAAAGUUUACAAUCUUAUUGAUUUCAUGAUGUUCUCAAAAUUGUUUUUGAUAUAAAAAUUGCAAAACAAAUAUUUCCCAACAACAAAAGAUUUAGUCUAUACUAAAUAAAAGAAAUAAUAUGGGGUUUAUGUUAGUAUCCACCUCAACUAAAAAAAACUGUUCUUAAAUAAUAUCAUUUAAUAAUACCAUUUGAUUAUAUAUGUUGGUAUCUGCCUAAGAGGUAUUUGAAAGACUUUUGACAUAAGUUUUUAAAAUUAUUGAGAUUUUUUAUUAAAAUAUUUUAUUUAGAUAAAAAAAGCUUCUAGCUUUCUACCAUAAUUUGCCAUCUCAACCUUCUGAUUUCUGCUUCAUUUUGAACCAAAUAUUGACAAACCAGAUAUUAUAUCAACUACUAUUAUUAAGUUUGGCCUUAUCAGUUGACAAAAAAAAGUUCGGCCUUAUCAAUGGGCUCAAUUUAAACAGGCCGAACGUUGAGUGUUCAAUUCUGCCAUUUUUACAAAAACGACGUUAAUGUGGGAGAAACCGCAAUUAAACCUACUUAAAAGAUUCUACAUCUUGAUUAACUGACGAAUUAAAAAAGGUAGAGAGAAGGUAGAGAGAAGAAAGUAGAUCUAGAUCUGAAAGUUUUUCCAGCUCCGGUGGCUCUCAUAGCACCGGAGCUGUGCCCUCCUUGCUUUGUUUGUUUCUCCUUGUAGUUGUCUUUCCGUUUGUCUUCUAUCAAAGCCGAAUCACGCGACGGUUUCUCUGUAACGGUGGUGACCCUCCUUUGCAGUGUUCCGGUGUGUUUCAGCUCUGUUUAGUCGUCGCUCUAUGGUGGUUUUAGGCUUCUUUCCGAUCUGGUUCAGGUUUGAGGUAGAGGAGGGAGGACUUGUGGAGUGUGUUUUGGAGUCUUCAGAUCUGGUUUGUCUGGUUUUGAGGCUCAUCUUUUGGGAUGUUCUCUUGGUAUGGUGGUUCUCUGGUGUUUGUCGAGAAGUCACUAUUCUCCUCUGUUUCGUCCUAAUGAGAUAGGCCUUUUGGUAGUUUGGCGUUUGUCAUAUCUCUGAUUUCAGCAACGGUGUAAGUGAUGGUGUGUUGGUGGCGUGGUUGAGUGUGGUGAGCAGAACAAGCCUAUUGUUCUUCAGAAGCUUCAGGGUUCUUGUCACUUCUUCAUCUCUCAGUUUUGAAAGAGUCCUUCUCGCGGCAUUUUAAUAAAUGUGCGUUCCAGUUAUUCUUAUGAUUCUCUCAUUUCUUGGUAGCUUCAGGGAAGCAGUAUAAGGAAGAUAGAGCUUUAGGAUUCCCGAUGAAGGUUCGCUGGAGAAGGGGGCUUUAGUAUUAGGUGUUGGUUUCCUCUUGUUUUGAAGUUUCGUGAUAGGUGUUUUGGUUCUGGCUUGGUACUGUGAACUGAGGGUUCAGGUAUGUUUGGUCUGGUGUUGUUGUGUUGGCCAAUGCAUCGCUUAUUCUCUCUUGUGCUUGUUUGGUUCUUGGCAAGAGUGCCGGCAAUUCUAUGAUUGGUCGACUUGCUGCUAUUCACCUUCUUAAGGUUUGUCUACGGAUUUGGAUUUAGAAGUGUAGUUUUAUCUAAGUGAUUGGUCUAGUGUUUCUUUGUGUUGCCUUUUGUUUGGGCUUGAGUCUCCCUUGUAUGGGCUAUGGUUCCGGGGAUGUUAAUCGUUUCCGCCGGCUGUUGGACGUUACUUUGUAUGUUUUUUAUUUCAUCAAUAAAAUUAAGACGAAAAAAAAAAGA